AAAUUACGACAGUCGUAAACUGAGACUUCGUGACGACGUCCUAGCUUUACGACGACAACAACUAUGGCGGCUGCCAGUGGUCAAUUUGAAAGUGCGAGGAGUGUUGAAGAGCGUAAAGAACAGACCCGGAUUGCCAGGGCCGAGGUGUUGCGCCAGGCUAAAGCCAAUUUUGAGAAGGAAGAAAGGCAAAAAGAACUUAAACGACUUCGGGGCGAGGACACAUGGGUGCUACCUGAUGUGAAUGAGCGAAUUGAGGAAUUCGCAGAGGAACACUCUGUGAAGAAAAAGAAGAAAAAAGACAAGCAUUCAAAAAAAGUGAAGAAAGAGAAGAAAAAAAAGAGUAAGAAACAGAAGUAUGAAAAAAACAUUGAGUCAACUGAUAGUUCAUCAAGCUCUGAAGAUGAGUGGGUUGAGGCUGUUCCAUCCCAAACUCCUGGCAAGGAAAAAGCCUGGAAAGUGAAAGAUGAAAAUUCAGAAAAAGAAGAAGACAACCAAGUUAUUCAGAGGGAUGAGUGGAUGACUUUUGAUUUUAUGUCUGUUAAAACUGUGUCAUCAUCAUUACUUAAAGCUGAGAAGGAAACUAAAAAGAAAAUAGAGCAAGAGAAAACCCAAGCCCUUGAACAGUCCAGACUCCUGGAAAGAGAAUUGAAUCCAUACUGGAAGGAUGGUGGGACAGGUCUCCCACCAGAAGACUGUAAUAUGUCAUCAGUUACUAAAGUUUCAGUAAUAGAAGAUGGUGGAUUAAGUUGGCUAAGGAAAUCUUAUCAAAGAAUGAAGGAACAAGCUGAGAAACAAAAUAGAAAUUUUGAAGACAUUGUAGCAGAAAGAUAUGGGUCAGUGGAAAUAUUUCAGUCAAAAUUAGAAGAAGCUGAAAAGAUUUCAUCCAUGAAAGAAGAUUGUAGAAGAGAAACGUGGAGGAAACCAAUGUAUUCAGAUAAAGCACAAAGAAAUCAAGACAGUAGAAGGUCAGACUUUGUAAAAUAUAAUAAAAGUUCAAGGUAUAGAUACAGUUCAACAGAUACUACACACAAUAUCAAUAAAGGUAAAUUUAGUGGUGAUGAAAAAGAUAAUAGAUCUGAGACUUCAGAAACACACAGAAGAGAAUCCAGUCAAAGCCAAAAUCAAGUGCUUUCUUCUCUUGGAAAUUUGAGACCUAAAUUCUUAAGACCUUCUGAUGAUGAAGAACUGUCAUUUCAAAGCAAGGGCAGAAAGUUGGAACCAUCUAGUUCAUCUUCAGCCCUGGUUGCUCAGGGUUCUGUGCAUUGUGCUUUUCGAAAACCUGCGGAGAACAGUGAUGGAAGUUUAUCAUCAUGGAGUCUCUCUGAUGGGAGAGAAGGAGAAAGGAGACAUUCAAAUCGAAAGCCAUUGAAAAGCAGUCGCAGUGUUGACUCUGAAUGCAUUUCAGGAGAUGUGAGAGAAAAGUCACAAGAUGAGAUCUUGAGAGAUGACAUCCUGAAAGGAGAACAUCUCCGGGACAAAAAGUCUUCAUCUGCUGGAGGCAGUCCAGAGGAUGAUUCCAUCCACAUCUUGAGUGUUGAUGAGAAGAAUAAGUUGGGAGCCAAGAUCAUCAAGGCAGAAAUGAUGGGAAAUAUGGAAUUAGCUGAACAGCUAAAAGCCCAACUUGAAAAGGCAAAUAAAUUAAAAGAAACUAUGACAGAAACAUCAAAAAAAUCUGUGGCAGAGAAUGAAGACCAGCAAGAAGUGAUCCUUGUUAGGACAGACAGAUCUGGAAGCAUAUGGCCUGUAAACGCACCGGGAAAACCUCUGGAAUACAAAGGAGGAAGAAGGAAUAGACAGACGGCUUCAACCCGUGAGCAAAAAGAAAGGGUCAGAUAUUUUCAUGAUGACAGUAAUCUCAGCCUAAAUGAUUUAGUCAAGAAUGAAAAGAUGGGAACAGCAGAAAAUCAAAAUAAACUUCUUAUGAGAAUGGCAUCUAAGUUUAUGGGAAAAACAGAUGGAGACUGUUAUACUCUGGAUGACAUGUUUGUCUCCAAAGCAGCUGAGAGGGAACAUGUUGGUGAAGAGGAAGAGAAUCAGAGGAAAAAAGCUAUUGCUGAGCACCAGAGUCUUGUUGCACAAAUGGAAAAAUGUCUGUACUGUUUUGACAGCUCUCAAUUUCCCAAACACCUUAUUGUUGCAAUAGGUGUUAAGGUAUAUUUAUGUUUACCCAACUUCCGAUCUCUUACUGAAGGGCACUGCCUGAUAGUUCCUUUGCAGCACCAUAGAGCAGCUACCUUAUUGGAUGAAGACAUCUGGGAGGAAAUUCAGAUGUUCAGAAAAGCAUUGGUAAAGAUGUUUGAAGAUAAAGGAUUGGACUGCAUCUUUUUAGAAACCAAUAUGAGCAUGAAGAAACAGUAUCAUAUGGUUUAUGAAUGCAUUCCUCUCCCAAAGGAAGUGGGUGAUAUGGCUCCCAUCUAUUUUAAGAAAGCCAUAAUGGAAUCUGAUGAAGAAUGGUCUAUGAACAAGAAAUUGAUUGAUCUCUCUUCAAAAGAUAUCAGAAAGUCUGUACCAAGAGGCUUACCUUACUUCUCUGUGGAUUUUGGCCUCCAAGGUGGGUUUGCCCAUGUUAUUGAAGAUCAACACAAAUUCCCUCAUUACUUUGGGAAGGAAAUCCUUGGUGGGAUGCUGGAUUUGGAACCCAGACUUUGGAGGAAAGGGAUCCGAGAAAACUUUGAGGAUCAGAGGAAGAAAGCACUGCAGUUUGCUCAGUGGUGGAAACCAUUUGACUUCACCAAAAGUAAAAAAUGUUGAGUCAUACCUUUCAUUUUUUAUUUCCUCUGCUGAUUCCUUUCAGUUUUAUAUCCAUUGCAUCUAACUAAAAACUGACCCGCAGGUCAUGGGGAAAGAGAGUCAUGCUCUGGGUCUCUGGCAACUGUGCAUCAUUAGAUUCUGCCGUUUCCUUCCCCACCUGCUCCUGUGGACUCAGGAAACGGCUGUUCCUUUCUGUACCUGUGGCUUGGUGUUCUGAACUAUUCAGUUAAUAUAUAAACUUUUCUGAGGGCUUAUUUAGGACACCUAGCAAAUUAUUUAUUAGUUCAGAGGGAGGUGGGGCUGCUUCAAAAUCAAGUCUAUGGAGUGCCUUCUUUUGCAUUUUUAAACUGGUUGGAGUAUUCAGUAAUAAUUGAAAUUUCUUUUCAUAGCAUUUUAUAGAUGAGCUCUUAAUUUUCUACUAAUAGCAUAUAUAUCACUGUUACUCAUUUGAUUAAAGGAAAAAGAAUAUCCCAAAAGUAAUAAAUAAUUAAAUGAAAUAUAACAAGUUCAUGAUUCGAUCAUUUUUCUUUCUCAAUUUUUAAAUAGUGUAUUUGAAUUUUGGUGAUUUUAAAUAUAAUUGCUUCAAAUAAUACAAUUUGUUGUUGUUUGAAUUUUGUAUGAAAGUUAAAAAUUUUAAUCAGAUCAUCAUUUGGAGCUGAACCUUGGCAUUUUGUCAUGAAAUGUUGAAUGCCUAGAAUCUGUGUCCUGUACUCUUAACACGUAACUCUACAGUUAUUUUUAAUAGCAGUAUCUCAUUAUUUCUUUAGUAUGUUAAGAAAGAAAUGUUGAUGUUGUAUUUGUAAUUUUAAAAUUUCAUGUACAACUUGAAGUUUAAUGGUUUCAGUUUCUCAAUAUUUGCAAAUUGCAUUUAAGUGUAUUCAUCAAAUAGGUACUUGAUAGUAUUUUAUUUAUUGCUGUUUUCAAACUCUUUUGUCUUUGCUGCAAAGUCUUAGAGGAAUCUGUAAUGGUUGUUUAUUCAAUCAGUGAGUUAACAGUUAUUUGCAGAGUAUUUUGUUACAUAGUGGUAAUGCAAAAAUAAAAAGCACUUCCCCACCAUAAAUUAUUUUACAGUUUAGUGGAGAAAAAGACAUGUACAUAAAUAAUUGCAGCACAGUAUAAAUUCUAGAGCAUGAAAUGGGCCAAGUGUAUUUGAGUACAGUGCUAAAAGACUAUUUCAUACAUCUUCUGUCUUCAUUCUUAGUGGAAGACCUUGCCCCCUUUUUUACUGAGAAAAUAGAAGCAAAUAGAAGGAAAUUUCUACCACAUCUAUCAAUAUCCUACUUCCAUACCCAUGUACUCUACUCUUUAUCUUUCUAACUGUAGAUAAAUUAUUAUGUUCUUAUCUAGGGGCCAUUCACUCAUUUAUGUUUCAGAUUUCAUCCCUUCUCACGUACUCAUCUGCCCCUACUCUCUUUGUACUGUUUGGAUUUUCCCUGACUGUAAGUUUAUUCCUGUGAACAUGUGAAACAUUUUAUAUUCUAUCAACAGCAAACACUCUCAUCACAACAUCCCUCUCUACCAUUUUUCUUCCCCAGCAGAACUCAUUUUUUAAAAGUCUAUUUCCUCUCCUUCCAAUCUCUUGUUCUUUGUAUGGUUAGACUUUAUCUGCACCAUUCCACUUAAAUUGUUGAUGUCAGUGUCCUCAGUGGACGUUCUACAUCAGCAAACUGAGUAAUUAUCAGUGCAUUUCUUACUCUGUCUAUAUCAUCAUUAACCUAACUUGAAACACUUUCUUUACCUGCUUCUAAAACACUCUCUCAUUUAUGUCCCUUCCUUGCUGGCUACAUCCUCUUGCUGAUUCCUCUUCCUCUUUUCAGCCUCUAAAAGGUGAAAUGCCCCUCCUCAAACAUUAUCUUUUCUCUAUUACACUCACUCUCUCCCAAGGUAAUUUCAUCACUAAAAUGGUCUUAAAUACCAUUUUUAAGUUGGUUCAUUUAUUCAACAAAUCAACAAAUAAUUUGAUUGUCUUCUACUCCACUCACUGUUCUGCACGCAUGAUGACACAUUAGUGAGUAAGGCAAAAACCCCUGUCCUUGAGGAGCUUACAUUGUAUCUGGGAAGAUAGGUAAUAAACAUUAGACAUAAUAAAUAAAUUACCUAAAAAAUAUCAGAGGUGAUCAGUACUAUGGAAAAAGGAAAACUAGAACAGGAUAAGAAGGAUGUCUCCCAAAGUUAUAUGUUCACUCUGGACCUCUUUACUGAACUCCAGAACCAUACAUCCAAAUACCAACUUGACAUCUGUACUGUAUCUGUGUCUAUAAUAAGGAUAUCUAAACUCAAUUGAAAGCCAGGAGACUUUGCUGAUUUUCUUCCUGAUAUUUAUCACAGCCAUUUUAUUAUACCCUAUGGUUAUAUAGGUAAGGAGUUUGAUCAGGGUUCAGCUGGGUGAUUUGCCUCUGCUUCACGAUUUCUGGGGCCUCAGCUAGAGUGACUCAAACUUCUGGAGAUACCUGGGGCCAUAUGUGUAGAGCCUCCAUUCUUCGUAUAGUGCAUGCGGGAGCCUGAAUAGACCAAAUUAGCUGCUUCACUCACAAGCCUAGUGCCUGGAGUGGAUGACUGGAGUAGGGACAGGCUGAUAACAAUAGUUUCUUGUACGGAAAUUUCAGGGUAGUUGGACUUGCUCUAUGACAUCUGGCCUCCUCCAGAGCAACCAUUCUAAAAGGCAGUUCCACGAAAUAGGAGGUGGAAGGUGCCACUCUCUUAGGGCCAGGGCCCAGAAAUUAGCAUAGCUUCAUUUUUAGUUUUCUCUUUGUCAAAAUUGUCACAGAGCUUCCCUACUUUCAAGAAGAGGGGAGAAACUACUGAUAAGUAAUUUCUGUUUGCUAAUUGACUUAAAGCCAAGGUAGUGUGUCUAUUAAAAGAAGAAAAAAAGGGGUCAUAACCCUUCCUCUAUGAGAGUAGUGUCAAAUAAUUUGUGUCCAUCUUGAAUCCACCAAAGUCCACCUUCUGGCUACAAAUUUACAUUCCACCCCCAUGGAAAAUAUAUUCAUAUCCUCCCAAGAAAGUCUUAUUCAAGUAGGGCAUUAAGCUUAGGCUUGAGAUUCAGGAUCCCAUCUACUGAGAUGCAGCUACUCAGGUGCUUUAAAUCUGAAGAUUUUUGAACUUAAGUUGUUUGUACCCCUUACAUGCAUGCAUACAUAUACAUACACAACACACCCCACACAUAAAAUAGUAAGAAAAUAAUACAAUAACUGCAGCAGGUGCAUUCAUUGAAAAAGACAGACAACUUGAUUUACAUUGCAGUCAUUCUUUACUGGCAAUUCUAAAAUUAAGUUGCACACAUGUUGCCCAUUGCUUGAUAAGGGCUGCAGGCCUGCUUCUGGAGAAUGACUCUGGGGGACUUCUUGCUCUGCCCUGUGGACUCUUGGUUCAACACAGAAUGAGCCUUUCUUUUUAUAAGAAAUAGCUUAAGACUUAAUGCUUUCAGUCCAGACAAAGGAACCACAUUGUCUUCCUGUUUAAAACAACCAAAAAAUAGACAAUAUAUAUGAAAUGAUGGUUCCAAAUGAUGGGCUAUAAUGCAAGAAAAUUUAAUGAUCCCUAAGAGAUGGGAAACAAAUUAAGAUAAGCCCUGCAAUUCCUUAUCUUUCUGCCUUGAGAGUUCCCAUCUUGUGGUACAAGGUGGGGAAUCCAAGGAAAGCUUAGUUGCACUUACCAAAUUGAGGGAAUAGACUGUGAGUCUGGAGAGACCAGGAUGGCAGGUCACUAGAGAGGACAUUGCUGGGCAGAAAGGGAGCUCUAGAGAUCUUCAGAGGGUCAAGUUUCUGUGCACUGAUUAGCAUGAGAGCAAACUACCCAAGGCCAGGCAAAGAUUGACCUACCUGAGAGGAUAAGAAGUAACCUUCACCACUAGCUAGAAUAGAAAAUUUCAAGAUUGACCAGGAAUUGGGUAGAGUACACAGAACGGUAGUGUGUAUUGCAGCAUAAUUGUCUCAAGACUUAGCACUAUUCCAGUCUAGAUAAACGAAACUUAAAAGUAAGAGGCAAAAGAAUUGAACUGUUUCCAAGUAACUUAACUACAUCCCAGGAUAAAACUUCAAAAUAUUUAUAGGAAUAAAAAUAUAUUCAGUGGUCUGUCAGGGUCCGGGGGUUGCAUUUGAGGUUUUGGGGCAAUGCAAAGAGCAAAGAAGGCAGCGGGGGUCAUCAUGGAGGGCACUCAAGGAGGCCACUUUAUUCUGCACAAAGCUGUGCUUCUUAUACUGCUAUACCGCUAAUUCAUAGUUACAUAAGUGUUUUAAGAUGCGCAUGCAUGUGGCCUUCAUGGCUAGGCAUCUGGCCUUCAAGGCCCUUAUCUAGCUCCUUUCGCAUGGGGACAACAGGUUUCUCAAGGCCAGACAUAUCUGGGGUGAAGCGGUGGCAGCUGUCCUCAUAGAACAGUGGGGAGGGGGAACCUUCCCUACAUCCCACCCCUUUCUAUAGGACAGCAGCCGCCUGCUUCUUUCUUGCACACAAAGCAGAGCCCUGUACCCAGAGCCCACAGAAACAAUCUAAAGAACUGUAACAGACAAGGAGACUGCUUGUGUUCCCGUGAUUCCUUCAGUAGCCAGUAAGGCAGCAUACACUGCUGCCAGCUGUUUCUCCAACAGCAAAUAGUGAGUCUCAGCUCCCUUCCACAACUGAGACCAAAAUCCUAUUGGGACUUGGCGGACCUCUUGAUUCUGCCAUAAUCCCCACCUGCACCCAUCUGUGCUGGCACACACUGUCAGCAGGAACGGUGUGGAGGGGUCAGUGACUUGCAGCACCUGGGCCUGAGCCACUGCUCUUUUUGUCUCUGCAAAAGCCUUUUCUACCUCUGGCGUCCAGUCCCACGCUUCCCCUCGCUUUAUAAGGCGAUGCAGUGGCUUCACCAGCACGGCUAAGUGAGGGAUAAACAUUCUCUAAUACCCCAACAAGCCCACAUAUGUUUGUAGCUGCUUAACAGUUUCUGGGUGGGGGUACUGUUGUAUUUUAUCAAUCACUGCUUCAGGUAACACUUUGUCUUAGCUGACCAGACAACACCCAAGAACAUGACAGAGUAACCAGGUCUCUGCACCUGGUCUUUGUUGGCCCAUCCCCACCCCCGGAGGGCCUGGUGCAAAUUGUGAGCCACAGCUUCUAGAUCUUGGAGAGAAUCAGAAGUCAACAUUAUAUCAUCUACAUAAUGGAACACUUGAACUGAGGGUGGAUGGAACCAGGUGGCCAGGUCACUAGCCACCAAACCAUGACACAAAGUAGGACUGUGCAGGUAUCCUUGUGGGAGGACAGUGAAUGUCCACUACCUGCUCUCCCACUUGAAGGCAAACUAACUGUUCCUGGCUUUCUGGUGCAAUGUCAGUGGAAAAGAAGGCAUUAGCCAGAUCCAACACAAAAUAUAAGUUCCCAAAGUCACAGUCAAUUCAUCCAUCAGGUCAGUAAUGUUUGGUACUGCAGCAUGCAGCAGGGGAGUCACUUUAUUUAGUUCCCGAUAGUCCACUGUCAUUCUCAAAGUGCCGUCAGGCCACACGGGUGAAUUAAAAGGUCUGUGUGCUGGGCGGAUGAUGUUUACUUCCUCUAACUGCAAAAUGGUUUGGCUGAUUUCCUCCUGUCCACCAGGCAGCCGGUAUUGUUUAACGUUCACUGGGCGGGUGGCUUGUGGCAACACUAAAGGUGUGUGGUGCAGAUGACCUCCCCGCACUGUUUUCACAACACACACACACGCAACUGAAACUCUCCCAGAGUCAUUUUAUUUGCAUUGUUAGACAGUAUAGCACAUCCACCCCUAGAAUGUAUUCCGCUAUCAGAGGUACAUAAACUGCAUACAGAUGUGGGGGCAGGUGCCCAAUUCUCAGAGUCACAGUCACUCGCUGCACCUGCACAGUUUUCCCACCAUAUGACUGCAAAGGGGUCCCGGAAUCUAUCCGAGUUGCCAUGAAGGAGGGUGGAGUCAGCACCCAUAUCCACCCACGCCAACACCCCCUAUACAUUCUGUGGGGACCAGUGAGUGGCAAGUUCAACAAAUGGCCUCUGGUCCUGCGGUGUCCCAGUAUACCAGGUACCUCGGCCCCACCCCUAGCCAGGGAGGAAGUCAGUGCUUGGGGCGCCGGUUCCUGGUCUGCCACAGCGCUCUCCCGCACCUGCUUUGGGGGCAGUGGGCGAUAGCGUUGGUUUGGACGCUACUGCUCCGAUAGUCCCAUCAAGACCUCUAAAGGCUGUCCAUCAAGCUUUUCACGAGCCAAUCCAGCAGCCAAAAGGUCAGUCCGUACCUGUCUGCGGCUCACUUUCAGCGGUCCUACCGCAGCCACCCCUGGCGCCGUUUUCGCCGUGGCUGUUUUAUUUAUUUUCUCCUUGUGCUGCUUUACUGCAGUAGUUCUCACUUUGGUUUCUUGAGGUCGCUCUACUCAUAUGUCUCCUAAGUGAGCUAAAGCUGACACACAUUGUGUUCUCAGCGCCCUCAUCUCACAGUCAGAACAGCCAGGCAGGCACAGGUUCCCCCAAAUGUUGCGUACCCUGCUUGGCCAAAUUCUGCAAUUCUAUGGCUGUGUACUUCAUUUGCUGGGUAGCUGUCUGGGGGUCACCCGGCUGCCCCCUUGUGGCUACAGGUUCCUGCAUCCCCCCAGGUGGCCGCACAGUGGAGCAGCAUGCAAACCAAUAACGCUGCGCUGCACUCCGGGCCUCCUGCCCCCGACGAGUAUAGGGCAGUUACUCACUGAUCUGUAACAUACGUUCGGGAGCUACCAGUCGUUGCCCAAAGUCCUCCUUCUUCCGGCGGAGACUCUGCACUCGCUACUGCAACUCCACAGUUUUGCGAGCAGCAUGGUGGAUGACCGUCAGGAACAUCCAUGCCCCUUGCCCAGCCGAUUCCCUGUGGGCCUGAGGGACUAGGGACUCUAGCAUUUCCAAUGCCAUCCGUAUAACCUUUGAAGUCAGCUGUAUAGACUCCCAAUCCUCCAGUGCCGGCUAAGCGGUCAAGUGCGUUGCCACCAGGUACCAAAAUAGAGGCCCGGGGCCACAUCUCCUCCACCCACCCCUCCAUGUUCAGGGGAGCCGAAGGACUGUUGCUGUCCCAAUCACGUACCUCAUCUUGCUCACAGUGCCAAGUGUCGGGGUCUGGGGGUUGCCUCUGAGGUUUUUGGGCAAUGUGAAGAGCAGAGAAGGCAGCAGGUGUUGUCAUGGAUGGUGCUCAAACAGGCCACUUUAUUCUGCACACAGCUGUACUUCAUAUACUGCUAUACUGCUACUUCAUGGUUACAUUAAGUGUUCUAAGAUGCGCAUGUGUGUGGCCUUCAUAGCCAGGCAUCUGGCCUUCAAGGCCCUUAUUUAGCUCCUUUCCCAUGGGUACAAGAGGUUUCUUAAGGCCAGACAGACAUCUGUGGUGAAGCCAAGGGCAGCUGUCAUAGAACAGUAGGGGAAGUGGGGGGGGUCCUUUCCUACAUAGUCACAACAUAAAUUUCAAAGUGUCUGUCAUCCAGUCAGAAAUUACCAGGCAUGCAAAGUUAGGCACUGAAAAGGCUUACAUGGGUAAACAAAAGAUUUUUUUUCUCCUCUCCAAAUCUCUUUAUUGUUUACGCAAAAACAAGUAGUGUGAGGUUUAUAACAUAUGUAAAAGCAAAAUAAAUGACAAUAAUAGUGCAAAAGUGGGAAGGGGCAAAAUAGAAGUAUACUAUUAUAAGGUUGUUACCCUAUACCAGAAGUGUUUAACGUAACUUGAACAUAGACUGUGAUGAAGAUGUAUAAUUAUGAACUUUAAAGUAGACUAAGAUGAAAAGCAAGCAAAUAAAGUUUUAUAGCAGUCAGCCAACAAAGAAGAUAAAAUGGAAGAAACAUAGAAAAAGAAAAGGGAAACAAGGUACGGAUGGGACAAACAGAAAACAAAUAGGUGAUAGAUUUAAACCUAAUAAACAUCAUAUGAUAAUAUUUUUUUUAUUGCAGAGCAAAUUACCACAAACUCAGCAGCUUAAAGCUACACACAUUUAUUAUCUAACAGCCUCUGUGGGUCAGGAAUACAGGCACAGCUUGACUGGGUCCUCUGCCUAAGGACUCACCAGGCUGCAAUCAAGGUGUCAGCCAGGACAGAGUUCUCAUCUCGGGGCUGAACUGGGAAAAGAUGCAUUUCUGCACUUAACAUGGUUCUUUGUAGAUCUCAGUUCUUUGCAAGUAGGACUUAAAGCGUCAGUUUUUUGCUGGUCUUUGGCCGCAGGCAACCUUCUGCUCCUAUCAGGCACCAGCAGUUCCUUACCACAUGGGCUCCCCAACGUAGCUGCUUAAUCCCUCACAGCCAGCAAAGGAGAAGGAAAUUCCAGCAAGAUUGCCUGUGAAGUCUUACAUGACCCAGUCACAUAAUCACCUACUCUGUUGCCAUAUACUGUUGGUUAGAAGCAUGUCACAGGUCAUGUCCACACUCAAGGCCAUGGGAGCACAGAGGAAGUGCCCAGGAUCAGAAGAGGGUGGAGGCCACCCAGAGUUGGUCCACCAAAAAAUGGCACACCACAUUUAAUAACCUUGAAACUUUAUUCUUUCAUUUCUCCCAUCUUGUCCUUUGUUAUCCUACUUUUUACUUCUUAUCUGUUAUAAUUCACAGAUACCUUGUAAUUAUUUUUGCUUUAAACACCUAAUUUUAUUUAAAGAGAUUUUUUAAAAUGAGGAUAUUUAUUCAAAUAUUUGCUCUUUUCAGUACUCUGCAUUCCUUUGAGUUGAUCAAAAUUUACAUUUGGUGUCACCUGAGUAAAUGGACAUAAAACGAGUUUGAUUUUUUUCAGCCUUGCCUAUUCUGUUUCCUGCUGUUAAUAGUUUAUUUACUGAUUCUGUAGCAAUGCUGUAUGCUCAUUUUUAUUUUGCUAGCUCAUUUUUUGUAGCUCAGUGAUCUCUGUGUUCUUUUAUUUUAAAUCAUUGUUUUUGAGCUUUUUUUUAAUAUUCAGAUUUUUAUCAAGUUCUUCAAGAAGCAACAUAUAGAAAUUUCUUUUGCGGAGUUUUCUUUUAGUCAUGCUCUUUGUAGUUUGCAUGCAUUAUUCAGCUCAUUUGUACAUUUAUUCUUUUACUAAUAUUUUGCCACCGUGUGUAUGCAGAGCAGCCAGGAUGUUUCUUUUUGUCUCGCUCACGCUUGGAGGUCUUUGCUAGACUUCUCUCUGUAGUUUGAGGCGUAGGUAAAUCAUAUUCUAUCUACUUUUUUUUGUAGCUUAGGGAGUUGUGGGGAACCAUGGUGAGUGGAGGGUGGUUGAGAUAGUUUGUUUUGUUAGAGUUGUUGAACUCUGUGGCCUUUCCCUGAGAUAUUAAAUAUUCUGUGUCAGAGUUCUUAUUAUCUAGUUAGGAAUCUUUCCCAUUCCCAUUGGGGAAGAUCUGUGGGAUUUAAGUUACUUCUGUGAGAAACACACUCACUGGUCCAAAUUCAGUAAGUGGACAUGGAGGCAAAGAGAACAGCGAAGCGAGGCUUUAAUGACAGUCUUGCAACAUCGAGUGUCUGGUGAGGAGGCACACCUGAGGCCAUUGGCGCAAGUAAUUUAUUCCCUAGCACGUGAGUCCCUCCCCUGGUUCCUCAUUGGCUGAGUACUAUAGACAUUCUUUCCCAGAUGUCGCUUAAGCCAAUUAUAUCCAAAUAGGGCCUUCUCAAUUACAUUUGUCUUAAUUUCGUUGGUAGGUUUAAAAAACUCAAACAGGUAUUGCCAGGUCCUUACCAAUCACCCACCCGCUCCAAACCCCACUCUCAGUUUGAGCAGCUUCCUGGCAUAUUUUCCACCAGAUGGCCCUUUAAUACCUUACUGUUAAAAUGUUUAAACCUCCUGGUGGGAAUAAAUCACAUUUAGGUUUUAUGCUUUUUCUAACACUUCCCAAUUCCGUUUGUAGCACUGGAGCACUCACUUCAAAAGUCAGCUCCACUGUUCACUUUGUCCUAGGUUAGCCCAUUAACCUUCAGCCAUUUCCACUGUUUUCUUAAUAAGAAAAAGCAGGCAAAUAAGAGGAAAAUGACAUGACUCUUUCUUUUCAGACUUGGGGAUAUUAGUGACAAUUAUGAAAAUUUAAUAAACUCAUCAAAACCUUAGUUUUAAGCUAUUUUUUUGUAUGUUCCUUAUUUUUUAUUAAGGUGUCAUUGAUGUACAAUCUUACGAAAGCUUCUAGUUUUUAAAUUUAAUUCAUGUAUUCUCAUUCUUUUAUUGAUAUUUUUCUGAUUAACUACAUUUCAUAGAUUCUGAUAGAAAGUGUUUUUGUUAUAAUUCUUACAAAUUGUUACUUUUAGUUUACAUUUCUCAUUUUAUCUAAGGAUUAUUUGAAAUAAUGUUUAUUAAUUUCAAUCUAAGAUAAUUGUUGCAUUUUGAGUUUGUUAAUAAUUUCUGAUAUUACUUGGUUGUGUUAAAGAAUUCUCUUUCUGGUAAUAUUUCUACUUUAUGGAACUUUGUGACCUUGUAUCUGAUCAAUUUUUGUAAAUAGCCUAUGCAUUUAAGGUGUACAGUCUAUUAUCAGGAUGUAAAAUUUGAUUUAUAGUCAUAAGGUCUAAUUGAUUAUGUUGUUUAGGUUUUCUAUAUGCAUACUCACUUUUUGUCUACUUAUUCUGUCUUUCACUUUGUUUUGCUUGUUAAUUUUCCUAUUAUAGUGCAUUUCUAUCUUUGCCUGUAUCUCCUGUAGUUUUUUGCUUUACAAUAUGAUGGUGCAGUGUUAUUUGGUACAUACAUAUUCAUAUGUGUUAUGUCUUUAUUGUAAAAUUCUGAUUUUUACAUUAAAAAGGGUCUUUGUCACA